CACCCUGGCCGGAACCCCAAUUUGCCUCCACUUAGUGAGAGGAAGAAUGUGCUGCAGUUGAAGCUCCAGCAGCGUCGGACACGGGAAGAACUGGUGAGCCAAGGGAUCAUGCCUCCUUUGAAAAGUCCUGCUGCAUUUCAUGAACAGAGAAGGAGCUUGGAGCGGGCCAGGACAGAAGACUAUCUGAAAAGGAAGAUUCGUUCCCGGCCAGAGAGAUCAGAAUUGGUCAGGAUGCACAUUUUGGAAGAGACUUCGGCUGAGCCUUCCCUCCAGGCCAAGCAGCUGAAGUUGAAGAGAGCCAGACUGGCCGAUGACCUCAAUGAGAAGAUUGCUCAGAGGCCUGGCCCCAUGGAGCUGGUGGAGAAGAACAUUCUGCCUGUGGAGUCCAGCUUGAAGGAAGCAAUCAUAGAGGGCCAAGUGAAUUACCCGAAAGUAGCAGACAGCUCCUCCUUUGACGAAGACAGCAGCGACGCCUUAUCCCCCGAACAGCCCGCCAGCCACGAGUCCCAGGGCUCAGUGCCGUCCCCGCUGGAAGCCCGAGUCAGCGAGCCGCUGCCCAGUUCCACCGCUUCCCCCCCUACUCAGGUUGUCUCUCAACUCCCAGUGAGCCCUGAAUCUGGAGAAACACUUUUCCUGGCCGAGCAGCCGCCUCUGCCUCCCGCCCUCACCAAUGGCACUGGAACCAGCCCUGGAACUGCUGUCCCUCCUGCCAAGCCCACCCCCACUCUCAUCAAGCAAAGCCAACCCAAGACUGCCAGUGAGAAGUCACAGCGCAGCAAGAAAGCCAAGGAGCUGAAGCCAAAGGUGAAGAAGCUCAAGUACCACCAGUACAUCCCCCCAGACCAGAAGCAGGAUAAGGGGGUGCCCCCCAUGGACUCCUCGUAUGCCAAGAUCCUUCAGCAGCAGCAGCUCUUCCUCCAGCUCCAGAUCCUCAACCAGCAGCAGCAACAGCACUACAACUAUCAGACCAUCCUACCUGCCCCCCCAAAGCCAGCAGGCGAGGCCCUGGGGAGUAGUGGGCCCCCCGCUGCUCGCAGCCUCUCUACUGCCAACAACACUUCCAGUCCAGGUGUUCCUGGGCCCAGUGGGCUGGCCCGUCAGAACAGCAGCUCACUGGCUGGCAAACCGGGAGUCCUGCCCGCCAACCUUGAUGACAUGAAGGUGGCAGAGCUGAAGCAGGAGCUGAAGUUGCGUUCUCUGCCCGUCUCGGGCACCAAGACAGACCUGAUCGAGCGCCUUCGUGCCUACCAAGAUCAAGUGGGCCCUGCCUCCGGAGCCCCCAAAGCCCCUACCACCACUUCCAUCCUGCCCAAGGCUGGUGAUGUGGUAGUAGCCUUCCCGGCGGCGCGGCUGAGCACUGGGCCUGGCCUGGUGUCCACAGGGCUGGCUUCAGCCGAGGUGGUGGUGGCCACGGUGACCAGCAAUGGCAUGGUGAAGUUUGGCAGCACAGGUUCAACACCCCCAGUGUCGCCCACCCCAUCGGAGCGCUCACUGCUCAGCACGGGCGACGAGAACUCCACGCCAGGCGACACCUUUGGGGAGAUGGUCACAUCGCCCCUGACCCAGCUCACUCUGCAGGCCUCCCCACUACAGAUCCUGGUAAAGGAGGAGGGCCCCCGGGCUGGGUCGUGCUGCCUGAGCCCCGGGACACGCUCUGAGCUGGAGGGCCGCGACAAAGACCAGAUGCUGCAGGAGAAGGACAAGCAGAUCGAGGAGCUGACACGCAUGCUCCGGCAGAAGCAGCAGCUGGUGGAGUGGCUCCGGCUGCAGCUGGAGCAGGAGAAGCGGGCACAGCAACCGGCCCCAACCCCAGCCCCACCUGGCCCCGCCGUGAAGCAGGAGAACAGCUUCUCCAGCUGCCAGCUGAGCCAGCAGCCGCAGGGCCCUGCUCACCCCUUCAGCCCCGGCCUGGUGGCCCCCACCCACCCCACAGAUACUUGUUCCGUGGGCCCACCAGCUGUGGUUGUGAAGCAGGAAGCAGUUCUGCCGGAACCUGAGCCAGCCUCCGCCCCUCCGCUAAUUCUGGGUCCCCGGGGCAGCAGCCUUGGCAAGGGGGUCCCACCUCCUUCCAUCCUCACCGACUCCACAGGGACCCACCUUGUCCUCACUGUGACCUGUAAGGAUGCAGAAAGUCCUGGACCUCCCAGCGGGCCCUCCCAGCAGCCUUUGUCCCAGCCUGGGUCCCCAGCCCCUGGCCCACCAGCCCAGAUGGAUCUGGAGCACCCGUCACAGCCCCUCUUUGGGAACCCUGCUUCUCUGCUAAAGAAGGAACCACCUGGCUAUGAAGAAGCUGUGAGCCAGCAGCCCCGACAGCAGGAAACUGGCUCCUCUAGCCAACAGAUGGACGACCUGUUUGACAUUCUCAUUCAGAGCGGAGAAAUUUCAGCAGACUUCAAGGACCCAGGGAAAGAGAAGGCCCCCUGCACGGAUGUCUGCAGUUCCCCUUUGGACACGCAAUCUCCACCUCCUGCUGAACAACCCCAGGCUGUCCCACCACCAGCAGGCUGGUCCAGCUUCCCUGGCCGUCUGGAGGACUUCCUGGAGAGCAGCACAGGGCUGCCCCUGCUGACUGCUGGGCACGAGGGGCCGGAGUCCCUCAUUGACGAACUCCACAGCCAGAUGCUGAGCAGCUCGGCCAUUCUGGACCAUCCCCCGUCACCCAUGGACACCUCGGAAUUGCACUUUGCCCCUGAGCCUAAUAACGUGGGCCUGGACCUAGGUGACAGCCACCUGGACAGCAUGGACUGGCUAGAGCUGUCGUCAGGAGGCCCCGUGCUGAGUCUGGCCCCGCUCAGCACCACAGCCCCCAGCCUCUUCUCUACAGACUUCCUGGAUGGCCACGACUUGCAGCUACACUGGGACUCCUGCUUGUAGUUCGUGGGGGAGGGACUUGGGAACUCCUGCCUCCAUGUGGUCGUGGGUCCUGACAAUCACAGGCCCGGCUCUCCCCUCCCUGGGAAGUGAGGGUAGAAGGUGAGAUGCUGCUAAGCAGCGGCUCUGGGUGCCACCCUGGGCCUUUGGAGGCCUGGACAGGCCAUUUCUAGUUGACCUCCUUUUGAGAGGUCGGGCAUGACCUGCAGGUUGGCUCAAGCAGGUGAGACCCAGGCCGAAUCUCCUUCUCCCCGCUUUUCUUGCAAGGGAAGAAGCUAGGCCUCUACCUCCCCAUGAGAGGCUGGUGGCACACUGUACAGUUGUAUAUACAUGUUAUAUCGCCAUACAAACACAUAUAAUACAUCUAUUUUUGGGAGGGGAGGCGGACACAGCACACCGCACCACCACACGUGUUUGACAUGUAGACACCUGGCCACAGCCUGUGCCCCACCUGUCCUGCUUCCUGCUCUAUCAGUGCCAUGAGGGCAGAGGUGCCACCCCUCCAGCCAAGGCUUCUCCUGGCCCUACCCUGUCACUUAGAGACG